GUACUGCCACUGAGGGGCACGUGGUAGAUGCGCCCUGAGAGGCUGGGGAAGGUGCAUGGUAGGCUGCUCACUAUCCAGUUCCCUUGGCGGGCCUUGGACAUCCAUCUCCUUGUCACUAAAGUGCUCCAGUAGGUGAGGACGGAGAAGCAGCGAAGUGAGCACACCUGAAAGCCUGAGCCCUAGCCCGACGAGGGUGCGACCAGAAAAGGCUCGCUCUGCCUUCCCACACUACGGCAGCUGCAUCGACUACCUGUGUCCCGCACUCAAGAUGGCGGCGACGACUUCAGCUGCCUCCUGCCCUUCUCCAUCAUGGCGGCGGCUCGACCCGCCUCCCUGGGCGCCAGAGUCAUGUGACCCACACAAUGGCUGAGAGCCUACUCCAGGCUUCCCGGCAACGCCGAGUGAAAGCCAUGACGGCCGCCGCGGGUUCGGCGGGCCGAGCCGCAGUGCCUCUGCUGCUGUGCGCGCUGCUGGCGCCCGGCGGCGCGUAUGUGCUCGACGACUCCGACGGGCUGGGCCGGGAGUUCGACGGCAUCGGCGCGGUCAGCGGUGGCGGAGCAACCUCCCGACUUCUAGUGAAUUACCCAGAGCCCUAUCGUUCUCAAAUAUUGGAUUAUCUCUUUAAGCCAAACUUUGGUGCCUCUUUGCAUAUUCUAAAAGUCGAAAUAGGUGGCGAUGGGCAGACAACAGAUGGCACUGAGCCCUCCCACAUGCACUAUGCAUUAGAUGAGAAUUAUUUUCGAGGAUAUGAGUGGUGGUUAAUGAAGGAAGCUAAGAAGCGGAACCCUAAUAUUACACUCAUGGGGUUGCCAUGGUCAUUCCCUGGAUGGCUGGGGAAAGGUUUCAACUGGCCUUAUGUAAAUCUUCAGCUGACUGCCUACUAUGUUGUGACCUGGAUUGCGGGUGCCAAGUAUUAUCAUGAUUUGGACAUUGAUUACAUUGGGAUUUGGAAUGAGAGGUCAUUUGACAUCAAUUAUAUCAAGGUUUUAAGAAGAAUGCUGAACUAUCAAGGUCUCCAGCAUGUGAAAAUCAUAGCGAGUGAUAAUCUCUGGGAGCCCAUUUCUGCUUCUAUGCUGCUUGACUCCGAGCUCAUGAAAGUGAUUGAUGUUAUAGGAGCUCAUUAUCCUGGAACCCAUACAGUAAAGGAUGCAAGGUUGACUAAGAAGAAGCUUUGGUCUUCAGAAGAUUUUAGCACUUUAAAUAAUGAUGUGGGUGCAGGCUGCUGGGGUCGCAUAUUGAAUCAGAAUUAUAUCAAUGGCUACAUGACUUCAACCAUUGCUUGGAAUUUGGUGGCUAGCUACUAUGACCAGCUGCCGUAUGGGCGUUCUGGGCUGAUGACAGCUCAGGAACCGUGGAGUGGGCAUUAUGUAGUAGAGGCUCCUAUUUGGAUAACAGCUCACACCACUCAGUUUACUCAACCAGGUUGGUAUUACCUGAAGACAGUUGGCCAUUUAGAGAAGGGAGGAAGCUACGCAGCUCUGACUGACGGCUUAGGUAACCUUACCAUCAUCGUUGAGACUAUGAGCCAUAGACAUUCUGUGUGUAUACGGCCACAUCUUCCUUAUUUCAAUGUGUCACACCAGUUUGCUACCUUCGUUCUUAAGGGUUCUUUCAGUGAAAUACCAGAGAUGCAGGUGUGGUAUACCAAACUUGGAAAAGCACCCGAGAGAGUUAUUUUCAAACAACUGGAUUCUCUAUGGCUGCUCGACAGCGGUGGCCGUUUCACGCUGGAACUGGGGGAGGACGAGCUGUUCACAGUCACCACUCUCACCACCGGCAGCAAAGGCAGCUACCCGCUGCCUCCAAAAUCUAAGCCCUUCCCACGUGUCUAUAAGGAUGAUUUCAAUGUCGACUACCCGUUUUUCAGUGAAGCUCCGAAUUUUGCUGACCAGACUGGCGUGUUUGAAUAUUUUAUGAAUGUCGAGGACCCUGGAGAGCAUCGCUUCACACUCCGCCAGGUUCUCAAUCAACGACCCAUAACUUGGGCGGCCGAUGCGUUCAACACGAUCAGUGUUAUAGGAGAUUACGAGUGGUCCAAUGUGACUAUCAAGUGUGAUGUUUACAUAGAGACCCUUGAGAAGGGAGGUGUGUUCAUUGCCGGACGAGUAAAUAAAGGUGGGAUAUUGAUUAGAAGUGCCAGAGGAAUUUUCUUCUGGAUUUUUGCAAACGGAACCUACAGAGUUACAGGCGAUCUAGCUGGAUGGGUGAUAUACGCUCUAGGACCAGCUGAAGUUAUAGCACAAGAAUGGUACACACUCACUUUAAUUAUUAAGGGUCCCCUCGUCUCCGGCAUGCUGAAUGGCAAGUCCCUCUGGACAGACCUCCACGUGAGUUUCCCGGAGAAUGGCUGGGCCGCUAUCGGAACGCAAUCCUUUCAGUUUGCGCAGUUUGACAACUUCCACGUGGAAGCCAUGCCCUAAUCUUCUCAGGGCACCAUAGAACACGCCGGACUUUCUUUUUGGUUUUGCUUCAGAGCCAAUUCUUGUUUUGAUGGAUCAAUCUGUGAGCCUCUUGGAGGCUAAAAAUAAUGAAGAGCAAAUAGGGAGAAACGUUUAUUUCUGCUUGAUCCUGUGGAAGAUUAUUAUUAUUAUUAUUAUUUUUAGAACUAAUUCCAAGAGAACCAGAUGACUCUUUAACAUUGCCUGACAUGCCCCCUACAAGUCAAACUGUACUGGCCCCUCCCUUAGGAGCGGUUUGGGUGGUCCAGACCUCGAAGCCUUGGCGCUAAUGCUGAGGUAACGCUCCUCAUCUUAUUUGCAAGUGAUCGUGCUAAUGGCAAUAACUCGAUCAUCACAGAGAUGCGUUUAUUGUGCUGAUGUGUGUCUAAGUGAGCCGAUGUCCUCGUCCUGAGAGAAUGCCAUUCUAGGAAGCCGAAGAACCCUAGAAUCGCUGCUUCCUGAAAGCCACUUCAGCAUGUUAUUCUAAAAAUACACUCUACAAAGUAUUUUUUUUUUCUUUUUUAAGAUGAUGCUUUUGAAUUAUAGAUAUGAUAAGUGGGAUGAUUUGAAAAAUGCCUCAUUAAUAAACUACCUCUAAAGCUAUUUCUGCAAUAAUAAAUACUAGCAGAUUAA